GAGAAGUGGGGGGAUGUUCAUCUGUCUGCCCUUUAUCUAAAGCCCUUCACAGAAGGAGAGACUGUCAUUCAACGAUUAGUGCCUAGAGCUAUCCAACCAACAACAUUUCAAGCCUGCUACCUUUCAACAAAUAACGUUUUUUUUGUAAAUUCUUAUUCUUAUUUGUAGUUCAUUUCAGGAGGACCAUAAUGAACGUUUUAUGGCCGAAUACUGAAAACCGAGUGGAUAUUUACUGACCUCAAUCUCAAGAUGUCUAUACUGCCAUUCACUUUCCCGAUUGUGAAGAGGCUUUUAGGCUGGAAAAAGGGCGAACAGAUAAAUGGACAAGAGGAGAAAUGGUCUGAAAAGGCAGUGAAAAGUCUCGUAAAGAAAUUGAAGAAGACAGGACAGCUGGACGAGUUGGAGAAAGCCAUCACGACCCAGAAUAUCAACACCAAAUGCAUUACCAUACCAAGGUCUCUAGAUGGUCGUCUCCAGGUGUCCCAUCGCAAAGGCCUUCCCCAUGUCAUUUACUCUCGUCUGUGGCGUUGGCCAGACCUGCAGUCGCCCCACGAGCUCCGGGCCAUAGAGCUGUGUGAGUACGCCUUCCACACCAAGAAGGACGAGGUGUGUGUCAACCCCUACCAUUACCAACGCGUCGAGACACCAAUCCUCCCUCCUGUCCUGGUUCCUAGACAUACAGAAAUCUCUACAGAGUGUCCUAUUUUAGACGACUACAGCCAUUCUAUCCCUGAGAACACCAUCUUCCCCGCCGGCAUCGAGCCACAGAGCAACUACAUCCCAGAGACCCCUCCUCCUGGGUAUCUGAGUGAGGAUGGAGAGGCUAGCGACCACCAUCUUAACAACCUGAUGAACACAGGCUCACCUAGUAACCUGUCACCAGAAUCACCUUGUAGCCUGUCAUUAGAAUCAGCCUCACCAACACACAGCACUAACCUGGACCUACAGCCGGUAACGUACUGUGAGUCAGCGUUCUGGUGCUCUAUGUCCUAUUAUGAGUUGAACCAGCGUGUGGGCGAGACCUUCCAUGCCUCCCAGCCCUCUCUCACUGUCGACGGGUUUACAGACCCCUCCAACUCAGAACGCUUCUGUCUGGGACUACUGUCCAACGUCAACCGCAACGCUGCUGUGGAGCUCACACGCAGACACAUAGGCCGGGGUGUGAGGUUGUACUACAUCGGAGGAGAGGUGUUUGCAGAGUGUCUUAGUGACAGUGCCAUCUUUGUCCAGAGUCCCAACUGUAAUCAACGCUACGGCUGGCACCCUGCCACUGUCUGCAAGGUCCCUCCAGGCUGCAACCUGAAGAUAUUCAAUAACCAGGAGUUUGCAGCUCUGCUGGCCCAGUCGGUGAACCAGGGCUUUGAGGCCGUCUACCAGCUCACCAGGAUGUGUACCAUACGCAUGAGCUUCGUCAAGGGCUGGGGCACCGAGUACCGGCGACAGACCGUAACCAGCACCCCUUGUUGGAUUGAGCUGCACCUCAAUGGCCCCCUCCAGUGGCUGGAUAAAGUACUGACACAGAUGGGCUCCCCCAGCAUCCACUGUUCUAGUGUCUCCUAAAUACACGCACACAGGUGCGCAGACAGAACAGUCAUUCUGGACCUUUUCUCUCAUGGCUAACUAACUUACUAGGAAGUUUGAAAAGACAGGCUGAGUGGGCCGGGGAAGCUUAUAUUCAUGAUCUCGCCUUGACUGACAGCUCUUUGAAAGCCGAUGUCAAGCAACUUGGAUGCAGUGAGCAGUGUUGGGAGUAAAAUCAUCAUCAGCUAAUGUGGUGAUACACAAGGUAACUCAAACAGCAUUGAAAAUGCAUCAAUUAUGUCAACAACAAAAAUUCAUACAUCCACCAUUUGGCAUGUCCCUUGUGAUGCAGUUCACAGCAGCACUGACGGAUGUGUUGACAUGACAACUGCAUCUGAGUUUUGAACAACCCUUACCCUCCUUUUGUUCCAUGUUGGCUGAAGACCUAGCUAGCCAGUCACUAGCUAACACCAGACAUAAAGACCUAGCUAGCCAGUCACUAGCUAACACCAGACACAGAUGAAGACCUAGCGAGCCAGUAACUAGCUAACACCAGACAU